AUGUUGAGUUUUUCCGUACUUUCCCGGGCAAUUUUAAAAAGACCAGCUUUGAGUUACUCUCGAUUGGUUAAUCAAACUUUUCAUGCAAGAGAUCUUUUCGGUGGUCAUAAAUAUUCCGUUGUAUUAAAUAAAACUGAAGAUAGUCCGUUCUUGUUAUAUAUGGAAAAUGCUGCGCAACAUGCAAGUGCAUUGUUUAGUGAUGCGACAAGUGAACAGUUACUUCAUGCUGGCUCAACACUAAUUGCUGAUGCUCUUUUACGUCUUUCCAUAAAAAUCACGACAGAUGUAGUGAUACCAUCCCUUACACCAGGGUACUUUAUUUUUCAAUAUGAUCGAAUGCCGUGGGAUAUGGAAGGUAUGCGCUUCAAUGAACCAUUCGGCAAUAAACCAAAACUACUGCUCAAGCAGAUCAGCAAACAUGGGCUUUUACCAGAGGUUUCAAGUGAAUUACUUCCUGUUGAGAUUCGAACACGAGCAGAACAUUUGCAUGGUUUUGAUGAUGAAAUUUAUUUUAAGAGACUUGAAACUUCGAGACUUGGCAAAGCUUUACUUUACAUUCCAGUAUGUGAGACGACAAUGGAUAUUGGAAAAAGUUUGGCACUUGCAAUGCCGGAAGAGCCAGUUGUGAUCGUCGCACGACAACAAACCAAAGGAAAGGGUCGAUCAGGAAAUCAAUGGCUUAGUCCAGUUGGAUGCGCAAUGUUUACAUUUAAUUACAUGUUAUCAUCCGGAUCCUCUCUUAGUAAUAAUGUUGGCAUUAUUCAGCAUAUUUUCUGUGUUGCAAUUGUCAGUGGCAUUUGCUCACUUCGGAAAGAAUUAGAGAAUUUUCCGUUGAAAAUUAAAUGGCCAAAUGAUAUUUACUAUGGUCGAACAUGUAAAGUGGGUGGUUUAAUUGUGAAUGCAACAACAAUUAAUGAUAAAACCAUUUGUACAAUUGGUUCUGGAUUGAAUUUGUCGAACAGUAAACCGACUACCUGUAUUAAUGAUCUUUUACCUGCCGAUUUAAGGAUACGGCAAGAGGAUUACAUUGCCAAUACUCUGAACAAAUUUCAAUAUUAUGUCGAUUUAUAUGAAAAUGAGGGUGAGAAUGCAUUUUUCAAGCAUUACUAUCGAUUUUGGCUGCACAGUCGAGAAGAAGUAACUCUAUCGGAUACUAAUGAAAAGGCUGUAAUUCGUGGACUGGAUCGUCAUGGUUUUUUGAAAGUCCGUAGUCGUCAAAGUGGAAAAAUAAUGGUCAUACAUCCGGAUGGUAACACAUUUGACAUGAUGAAAGGUCUUAUCGCGGCUAAAAAUGUUUGAUAUUAAAUUCCAAUGUUCUUUCUUUCUACUAAGCUGUUGUGACUUUCUUUUAAUGGAAUAAUACUAAAAACGACAUUCCAAAGACCAUCAUCCAAAUCUCUUGAAGUCUGAUUCCAAUCAGAACUUCCAUAACAG